AUGAAAAUGGAAGAUUUAGAGAUAAAAGAAACAGAUUAAACAAUUGUUUACAAACUAAAUUACUCAAAAUGUAAAUUAUGUUUUUAUGCUAAGAUUGGAUGAAACUCUUUGAGAAAUAGAUGAAAGUUGAAAAAUAAGGAAGGUCUAUUAUUUCAAUAUUCGCAUCAAAGUUUUAUUCAAGAUCUGUCAUAUUUAAAAAUGAUUACUUAAUAUAUAGUGAUACAGAUGCAAAAGAAAAACCAAAAUAUGAGGUAAAAAAAGAUUGUUUUCAAUCUGUAGAAUAUGAAUUCUAUAUUGAAAGGGCUCCGUAUAGGAAUAUCAAUCCUAAUGGAUAUUACUUAAGUUGCUCUCUGAAUCAAGACAUAACUUUUUAAAUAACAUUUAUUUUUUUAAGAAAACAUUUACGAGCUUUUAGGAAGAAUUAAUUAAACGAAAAUAGUUAUUUUUUGGCUGAAAACGAUAAUUAAAAUUAUGAAUGUUGGGUUUUUAGAGGAAAAUUAGAAAAAGAGCAACGAUAACUAUUAUCAAAAUACAUAGAUUUGUUAAUAAAAAAAGUAAUCAAUAAAUAAACGGAUAAAGAUCUUAUGGAUUAAUUAAAUAGUAUGAGAUUGAGUUUGGAUUCUGGAAAUAUAUCAAUUAAACAAUCAUUACAUUUACCAAAAAUUUUAUGCAGUUAAAUAGAUUUUUCUAAAAACUCAAGUAAUAAUCAAUAAAACAACGAUCAUACUUACCUACUAGUCAAUUUAAAGGUUUUAAAAUAAAUGAAUUUUGAUUUAAAAAGGCAUAUAGUUAUUUGUGAGAACUAAUACAAUGAACAUCAAAGUUCUUUAAUAAUAAAUACAUAAAAAAUCUAAUAAGAAAUUCUAUUAAUAAAUUUAAAUCUAUUUAAACACUUAAUAAGAAAUAGUCGGAGUCUGGUUAAAUUUUGUGGUAAAGUUGAUGAAUUGGUAGCAGUAGAAAUGUUAGAAUAUUAUUUGAAUGAUGAUAGAUAUAAUAGUGAAAAUGAGCCUGAUUAUGAAUAAUACAAAAACAAGAAAAUCCAUACAAAUAUGCUUCAAAAUUAAGUAUAGAAUUGCAAAAUUUAAGAAUAAUCAAAUGAACUAAGUACAAAAAGUGAUAACAGCCAAAUCGAUUAAAUGAAAGAUAAUAAAGAUUAAAAUAAUUUUUUUGUAUAAAAUACAAAUGAACUUAAGUAACGAAUUGAUGGAACCAAUAUAAAUAAAUAAAACUAAAAGAAUUCAGAUGUAUAAAAUACAAAGGCACUUAAUAAUCCAAUUGAUGGAACCAAUAUAAAUAAAUAAAAUUCAAAGAAUUCAGAUGUAUAAAAUACAAAGGAACUUAAUAAUCCAAUAGAUGAAACCAAUAUAAAUUAAUAAAACUAAAAGAAUUCAGAUGUAUAAAAUACAAAGGAACUUAAUAAUCCAAUAGAUGGAACCAAUAUAAAUUAAUAAAAUUCAAAGAAUUCAGAUGUAUAAAAUACAAAGGAACUUAAUAAUCCAAUUGAUGGAACCAAUAUAAAUAAAUAAAACUAAAAGAAUUCAGAUGUAUAAAAUACAAAGGCACUUAAUAAUCCAAUUGAUGGAACCAAUAUAAAUUAAUAAAAUUCAAAGAAUUAAAUAAUAAAUACAAAGGCACUUAAUAAUCCAAUAGAUGGAACCAAUAUAAAUUAAUAAAACUAAAAGAAUUCAGAUGUAUAAAAUACAAAGGCACUUAAUAAUCCAAUUGAUGGAACCAAUAUAAAUUAAUAAAAUUCAAAGAAUUAAAUAAUAAAUACAAAGGCACUUAAUAAUCCAAUAGAUGGAACCAAUAUAAAUUAAUAAAACUAAAAGAAUUCAGAUGUAUAAAAUACAAAGGCACUUAAUAAUCCAAUUGAUGGAACCAAUAUAAAUUAAUAAAAUUCAAAGAAUUAAAUAAUAAAUACAAAGGCACUUAAUAAUCCAAUAGAUGGAACCAAUAUAAAUUAAUAAAACUAAAAGAAUUCAGAUGUAUAAAAUACAAAGGCACUUAAUAAUCCAAUUGAUGGAACCAAUAUAAAUUAAUAAAAUUCAAAGAAUUAAAUAAUAAAUACAAAGGCACUUAAUAAUCCAAUAGAUGGAACCAAUAUAAAUUAAUAAAACUAAAAGAAUUCAGAUGUAUAAAAUACAAAGGCACUUAAUAAUCCAAUUGAUGGAACCAAUAUAAAUUAAUAAAAUUCAAAGAAUUAAAUAAUAAAUACAAAGGCACUUAAUAAUCCAAUAGAUGGAACCAAUAUAAAUUAAUAAAACUAAAAGAAUUCAGAUGUAUAAAAUACAAAGGCACUUAAUAAUCCAAUUGAUGGAACCAAUAUAAAUUAAUAAAAUUCAAAGAAUUAAAUAAUAAAUACAAAGGCACUUAAUAAUCCAAUAGAUGGAACCAAUAUAAAUUAAUAAAACUAAAAGAAUUCAGAUGUAUAAAAUACAAAGGCACUUAAUAAUCCAAUUGAUGGAACCAAUAUAAAUUAAUAAAAUUCAAAGAAUUAAAUAAUAAAUACAAAGGCACUUAAUAAUCCAAUAGAUGGAACCAAUAUAAAUUAAUAAAACUAAAAGAAUUCAGAUGUAUAAAAUACAAAGGCACUUAAUAAUCCAAUUGAUGGAACCAAUAUAAAUUAAUAAAAUUCAAAGAAUUAAAUAAUAAAUACAAAGGCACUUAAUAAUCCAAUAGAUGGAACCAAUAUAAAUUAAUAAAACUAAAAGAAUUCAGAUGUAUAAAAUACAAAGGCACUUAAUAAUCCAAUUGAUGGAACCAAUAUAAAUUAAUAAAAUUCAAAGAAUUAAAUAAUAAAUACAAAGGCACUUAAUAAUCCAAUAGAUGGAACCAAUAUAAAUUAAUAAAACUAAAAGAAUUCAGAUGUAUAAAAUACAAAGGAACUUAAUAAUCCAAUAGAUGAAACCAAUAUAAAUUAAUAAAAUUCAAAGAAUGAAAUAAAAAAUAUAAAUGAAGCUAAUAAAGCUAAUAAGUAAACUUGUUUCUAAAAAGGCAAAGAAUCUUAAAAAAUAAAUUAAUUUGGUAAUUAACUAAUAAGAUAAAAUUAAAAAAAUAAUAAAUAAUAAAAUCGAUAAUAAUAUCUUAUUCAUCGAUAUUAGGUUAACUCUUAAUCUACAAUAGAAAUUGUAAACACUUAAUAUGAACUAUCAUUUAACAAUUAAUCAAAAUCUUAAAUAAUUAAUCUUUCAAAUCGAAAUAUUACGGAUGGCGAUAGUUCCUUUACAAUAUUUAGUUUAAAUUUAGACUAAUUAAAUGAUUAAGAAAAAUAAAAACUAAAAGAAAAUUAUUUUCUCAACUAUGCUUGCUCUAUAAUUUAUGUAGAAAAUGAAAUUGCACCUUUGAAUAACACAACUAUCUAAAGGGGAAUUUAGAAUGCAUGUAGAUUAGAAUUGGAUAAUUUGAUAACUUUUGAUGAUUCAGAUUGA